AUGAAUGCAACAAGUUCAUUAGCUGACAAUAAUAAUAGUAGCAGUACUUCUUCUUUUUCGAGUUUCUUAAAAUUAAAGUGGAGAACGUCUAAUAAAGAUACAAAAUUAAGCAUAAGACAAAGACUACCAAAUACAGUGGAUGAUAUUGAAAGAGAUUGGGCCAGACAUUGUGCUCUUAAACUAGCAUUUGAAAGUGAUUUUAAGGCACCCGUUCAAAGGCUGUUACAAGCAGGUGGCUGUGAAGUAUUAGAUAUUGGAUGUGGAUCAGGAUUUUGGACUAGUGACAUGGCUUCACAAUACCCUUUAUCUUAUUUUACAGGCAUUGAUAUUGAUAAGAAUAUUUUACCAAUAAGUUCGUUAUCAAAAAAUAUUGUGUAUCAUCGUAUAGAUUUAAUCGAGUUACCAUUACCUUAUGAAGAUGCUACAUUUGAUUAUAUCUUUAUACGUUCAAUGAUGGAUACAUUACCAGACUCGAUGUGGGAUAAUAUAUUAAAGGAUCUAAUCAGAAUAAUGAAAAAGGGUGCUUAUAUUGAAUGUAUAGAAGCAUAUGAUAAUCUAUUAGAUGCUGGCCCUUCAAUGUCACUAUUAAAUCAAUGCAACUUACAUCAUCCAUCUACAGAUGAACAACCAAAGCUAAAUCCAUGGCCAAAUCGAAUAGCUAAUCAAAGUCAAUUAAAAGGCAUGCAGAUAUAUCAUACGCAUACACCUGUUGGAUUAUAUGGUGGUGCGAUUGGUUCAUUAUUACUAGAAUAUUGGGAAAGGAUUAUUAAAGGACUUCAAAGAGAUUGGCUAACAAAUAAAUGGAUAACAGAAGAUGAAUUGGAACAAACAAUAAAAUCUAUGAGAAAUGAAGUAGACGAAUAUCAUACAUACAUGUCAUGGUAUUCUGUGUUUGCACAAAAAAAGGGCUAUAAUGGUCCUAUCAUUCAAUUUGAUGAUGUAGACGAUUUUGGCCAUGUUUAUACCACUAUUAUUUCGUAA